AUGAGUUUUAUCGUGAAACUUCACAGACAUUUUCAAAGAACAGUUAUUUUGCUGGCCACUUUUUGUAUGGUGAGCAUAGUUAUUUCUGCGUACUACUUGUAUAAUGGCUACAAACAGGAAAAUGAACUUUCUGAAAUCUCUUCAGAAGUGGAAUGUGGUGAUCUUCAACUGUUGCCAGACAAGCUGAUGGAGAUGAAGACCAUGAAGCCUUUUGAUCCCCUGAGGACAGAUCUUGUAGUGCUGGUGUUUGUGGAAAGUCAGUACUCAACAUUAGGACAAGAUAUAAUAACCAUUCUAGAAUCUAGCAGAUUUCAGUUUCACAUUGAGAUUGCACCUGGGAAAGGUGACCUCCCAGUGCUUAUAGACAAAAAUAAAGGCAAAUAUGCUCUCAUAGUAUAUGAAAAUAUUUUAAAAUAUGUGAAUAUGGACUCUUGGAACAGAGGCCUUCUAGAUAAAUACUGUAUAGAAUAUGGUGUAGGUGUUAUUGGAUUUCACAAAGGCAAUGAGAACAGCUUGCAGAGCUUUCAGUUGAAGGGCUUUCCUUUCCAUGUCCACAGCAAUCUGGGUAUUAAGGACUGUUGCAUUAACCCUCAUUCCCCACUGCUCCAUGUGACUAAAUCUUCUAAGCUUGAGAAAGGUCCCUUGCUUGGAAAUGACUGGGCGGUUUUCCAGAUUAAUCACACUGCUUAUCAACCAGUGAUAUUUGCAAAAGUAAAGACACCAGAAAACCUUUCACCAUCUGCUGCUAAAAGUGCUCUCUAUGCCACAGUAAUUCAUGACCUGGGGCUCCACGAUGGGAUUCAACGAGUCCUUUUCGGCAAUAACUUGAAUUUUUGGCUGCACAAGCUGAUUUUCAUAGAUGCCAUCUCUUUCCUGUCUGGAAAGAAGCUCAGACUGUCCUUGGAUAGGUACAUUCUGGUUGACAUAGAUGACAUCUUCGUUGGGAAGGAGGGAACAAGAAUGAACACCAACGAUGUACAGGCCCUGCUUGACACUCAGAAUCUUUUGAGAGCUCAGAUUACAAAUUUUACUUUCAACCUGGGAUUUUCAGGGAAAUUUUAUCACACAGGCACUGAAGAGGAAGAUGAAGGCGAUGACCUGCUGUUGAGGUCUGUAGAUGAGUUUUGGUGGUUUCCCCAUAUGUGGAGUCACAUGCAGCCUCAUCUCUUCCACAAUGAGUCGUCACUGGUAGAGCAGAUGAUCCUCAACAAAAAAUUUGCCUUAGAACAUGGUAUUCCAACUGAUUUGGGCUAUGCAGUGGCUCCACACCAUUCUGGAGUCUAUCCAGUACAUGUUCAGCUUUAUGAUGCCUGGAAAAAGGUCUGGAAUAUCAGAGUUACUAGCACAGAAGAAUACCCACAUCUGAAGCCUGCAAGGUAUAGACAAGGCUUUAUCCACAAAAAUAUCAUGGUGCUUCCUAGGCAAACUUGUGGCUUAUUCACCCACACAAUUUUCUAUAAAGAGUACCCUGGAGGCCCAAAGGAACUAGACAAAAGUAUUCAAGGAGGAGAGUUGUUCUUCACAGUGGUUCUCAAUCCAAUCAGCAUCUUUAUGACACAUUUGUCUAAUUAUGGAAACGACCGCCUGGGCUUAUACACCUUUGUGAAUCUGGCCAACUUUGUUCAUACCUGGACAAACCUGAAACUUCAAACUCUUCCUCCAGUUCAGCUGGCUCACAAGUAUUUUGAACUAUUCCCUGAGCAAAAGGACCCUCUCUGGCAGAAUCCCUGUGAUGACAAACGGCACAGAGAUAUUUGGUCUAAAGAAAAAACCUGUAAUCGAUUACCAAAAUUCUUGGUUGUAGGACCCCAGAAAACUGGUACCACAGCCUUGUAUUUGUUCCUGAUCAUGCAUCCUUCCAUCAUUAGUAACUCCCCCAGCCCAAAAACCUUUGAGGAGGUACAGUUCUUUAAUAGAAAUAACUACCACAGGGGGAUUGAUUGGUACAUGGAUUUCUUCCCCACUCCUUCUAAUGUCACCACUGACUUCCUCUUUGAGAAAAGUGCCAACUAUUUCCAUUCUGAGGAAGCUCCUAAGCGAGCUGCUUCCCUCAUCCCCAAGGCCAAGAUCAUCACCAUCCUCAUUGACCCAUCCGAUCGGGCGUAUUCCUGGUAUCAGCAUCAGCGAUCACAUGAAGAUCCUGCAGCUCUAAAAUUCAGCUUCUAUCAGGUGAUCACAGCUGGACCUCGAGCCCCAUCUGAGCUUAGAGCUCUCCAAAAGAGAUGCCUAGCACCUGGAUGGUAUGCUGUCCAUAUUGAAAGAUGGCUCACUUACUUCCCACCUUAUCAGUUGCUAAUUAUUGAUGGACAGCAGCUGAGAACUGACCCGUCUACUGUAAUGGAUGAAGUACAGAAAUUUCUUGGAGUCUCUCCUCAUUAUAACUACUCUGAAGCCCUAACGUUCGAUUCACAUAAAGGUUUCUGGUGUCAGCUCCUUGAAGAAGGAAAAACAAAGUGUCUUGGAAAGAGCAAAGGUAGAAAAUACCCUCCGAUGGAUUCUGAGUGCAGGGCUUUUCUGUCAAGCUACUACAGAGAUCACAAUGUGGAACUGUCAAAACUUCUACACAAAUUGGGACAACCCCUGCCAUCGUGGCUGAGACAGGAGCUACAGAAAGUAAGAUAG